AUGGUUUUAAUUAAUUUACCUAUAAAAUUGAUUGAUCGUGAAGAUGCUUCAAUUAUUAUUGAUGAUCAGAGUACUAUCUCACAACUUCGUGAUAAAAUUGCUGAAGAAACUUUAAUUCCUAGAGAUGACCAGCGAAUAAUUUUUCGAGGAAAGCCUUUAAAUGACAAUUCAUUAAAGCUUAUUAAUUGUGGUUUUGAAGAUAAAAUGGCUGUUCAUGUUGUUACUCGACCAAUUCCUCAAAAUAAUAAUUCCACCACUUCUAGUUCUUCUUCAACUGAACAACAGCAAUUUCCGCCAAAUAUUCAAAUUAAUUAUACAGCAGCAAAUCAGCCACACAUUGUUACUCAGAAUGUUAUUUAUGGGCAAGUGCCGUUUGAAAGAACUCAAAUUUUUAGAGAGCCAAAUAAUGCUUUGACAAUUGUUGGUGGUAUUACUGAAACUUUAAGAAAUAUUUAUCGAAUGGAGACGGAACACGCUUUGUCUCAAUUAAUUGAUAAAAUUGAUUUAAUAAUUUAUGGACAAGAAUUGGACAUUGAAAGGCAAUAUAGAAAUAUUGCAAAUAUUUUGUGGGUUAUGCAUGCAUUUGAUGCUUGUGAUGAAAUUCAAAUGAAUAAUUUAAUUCAAAAUGAGAGAGAUAUUGAGAUUUGUUCAUUAAUUGAACAAUUAAAUAAUUGGCAAAUACCUAAUGAUGAUGACCAUAUUCAACAUAUUAAUAAUUUGCAUCAUCCGGCUAUUGAUAAUUCUUAUACAUCUCGUUUACUUAAUUAUUUUUGUAAUGGAAUUUCUCGUAUUCAAAAUAUUCUUGGGUAUAUUCAUAUUGAAAUUAGUGCAUUUCAUUUACAUUUAAAUCAAAAUCAACAUAAUCGUUUAUAUCCAAUUUAUGACCAACAUAGAAGAAUAGAAGAACCUUUACGGGCUGAGAUUUCUCUUUUAUUUUCUGAUGCUUCUACAAAUUUGCCUAGUCAAACGCCAACAUCUCGAAAUCAAGCUACCCAAGCUUCACGUUCGAAUUCUUUGCCCCGUCAACAAACAAGAGCUUCUGGUUCUAGUACUUUAAGUUCUGUCAUUAAUGGAUUUACUCAUUUUGCACAACAAUUAAUGUCUCGCCAAAACAACGAUGACACUUCUUCCUCUUCUGAACGUUCAUCUACCACCAAUUCUAAUGAAAAUCAACCAAAUAUUCCACCUCGAGUGCCUCUUCCAUCUGAUUUUUUUAAUCCUCCUUCAAAUUUACCGCCAGAAAUUGCAAAUCAUGUUCAUCAAUUAAUAUCGCAGAGUAUUGCUUCUACGGGACAACAAACUUCUAGACCUGCUGAUCCACGUCCAACUCCACGUAAUAUUAUGUUAGUUGGCAUUAGUUCUCAAUCUACAGAUCAUCUGUUGCCUAUGGGUCAGCAUUUACCUAAUGUUCAUCCACCUAUUCUUGCAGUCAAUCCGAGAGACGCUGAGUUUUGGAAUGACCCACAAACUAUAGCUUUGGGUCUUCAUCCACCUCCACAAUUACAACCACAUCAAAUUUUUCAUAAUCGUUCAUUAUCUGGUCAACGUGUUCCUUCUAUUAGAGGUGAACAAAUUGCUAAUAUGUUUAAUGAACGUAUUAGAGUAAGGCCUCAAUCAAAUGCGAAUGGAGAAGCUGUAUUUAAUGAAUUGGAUCAAUUUGCGCUUUUUGUUCGUCAAACACUUGAAUCAAUUGUUAAUUGUAUGAUACAACAUGAUUCUAGCAUUUUAAGAGAUCAAUCGAGACCUUCAAGUACUUCUGAAAGUGGAGAUUCUAUGGAUGUAAAUAAUUAUGACGUUAAUUCUGCCACUUCUUUGCCAAAUAAUUCAAUUCAAGAGGGAGAAUCUCAAUAUUAUUUAAUUAUUUCAAUGCAGUCGACAUCAUCUGAAGACACAAAAUUUCCGCCAAUUUUAAACUCAGAUUUAAUCAAAAAGCAAAAAACAAAUUUAAACAAUCAAGUAUUAAUUACUGCUUUAGGGAAAAGUAGGAAAGAGGAAAGACAUUUAUUUCAUAAUUGUAUAGAAUUUGUGUCUAUACAGGAUCAUAUACUUGAAUCUGUUUGUAGACACGAAAAUAUUAAAGAAGACGAAUGUCAGGUCUGUCGCUUUGAAAAACAAUUGGGUUUACCUCAUUUACCAGAAAUGAUAUUCCCUUUUAAUAAAAUUGCAAUUUAUUGUAAUGGAAAUCUUGUUAUUGAAUUUAAUGCUUUUGAUGCUCUUAAAGAAGUUAAUAAAGAACAAUUACCUGAUUUUAAGGUUGGCCCAAGUACUGUUUGGCAAAAUGCUCGGCCAGAGACUUUAUCUCGAGAAUUUCAAAAACCUUUUGAUUGGACAUAUACAAGUAAUUAUAAAGGUACUUUGGGGAAAAAUAUAAAAAUAGAGAAGGGGAAUAAUGUUAAAAUUAAUUAUGAAAAAUUAAAAAGAAAAGACCCAAUUCAAUUUUAUUCACAAAUUGCCUUAUAUGAGGAUGAAUUGGCAGAUAAUGGAUGUGCACAAAUGAUGAUUAGAAUAAGAAUAAUGCCUGGCACUUUUUUUGUUUUGUGUCGUUUUUAUCUUCGAGUUGAUCACGUGAUGGUUAGAAUUUUAGAUACACGUUUAUAUGGUGAAAAAGAAAAUAAUUUAUAUUUGAUAAGGGAAUGGACUAAAAAAGAAGAAAAUUAUUCAAAAUUAAAUAAAGAGGCUUUAAAUUAUAUUUUGGAUCCAACAGAAUUAUUUAAUUAUUUGCCUUUAGUUGAAUCUGAGACAACAAAAAUAUUUUAUAAAUAA